UUGAGGCUUUUAUUUUUUAAAGUUGACCGGAUGCCGUAGUAUGUUGUUCCGGCUAGCUCGACACUCGCACCCCAAAUCGCCUUAUGGUUGUUAAGACCUCAUCGGCGUUUCUAUGUCUGCGGGAAUUUGUUUCGUCAAAAGCACUUCGAGAUAAGAAACGAGGACCAGAAGGGAUUUCUCGUCGUGGAUAUUGUGUUACGUGUGAAGAUACCAGGCUUUCCUUCUCAUUUAAAGGUAUACUUCGUCCCCCCGGUCCUGUGAUACAGGUUUGGUUGGCGUCCCGUGACGGAUUUAUCCUCUCAGCUGUCGGGUGUAAGAAGGAGGGGAAGCAAAGAUGCCGAAACCGAUCAACGUCCGUGUGACCACCAUGGAUGCAGAGCUGGAGUUUGCCAUCCAACCUAAUACCACAGGGAAACAGCUCUUUGACCAGGUGGUGAAGACGGUGGGACUGCGGGAGGUCUGGUUCUUUGGCCUUCAGUAUGUGGACAGUAAAGGCUACAGCACUUGGCUCAAACUCAAUAAGAAGGUGACCCAGCAGGAUGUGAAGAAGGAGAACCCUCUGCAGUUUAAGUUCAGAGCCAAGUUCUUCCCUGAGGAUGUCUCAGAGGAACUAAUCCAGGAGAUCACGCAGAGACUCUUCUUCCUGCAGGUGAAGGAGGCCAUCCUGAACGAUGAGAACUACUGCCCCCCAGAGACUGCUGUGCUACUGGCGUCCUACUCUGUCCAGGCCAAGUAUGGAGACUACAACAAAGAUGCCCACAAGUCUGGGUACCUUACCCAUGACAGACUGCUGCCUCAGAGAGUCCUGGAGCAGCACAAGCUGACCAAGGAGCAGUGGGAGGACAGAAUACAGACCUGGCACGAAGAACACAGAGGAAUGCUCAGAGAGGACUCUAUGAUGGAAUAUCUUAAAAUCGCCCAGGACUUGGAGAUGUAUGGAGUCAACUACUUUGAAAUCAAAAACAAGAAGGGCACACAGCUGUGGCUGGGCGUGGAUGCCCUUGGCCUCAAUAUCUACGAACACGAAGACAAGUUGACACCAAAGAUCGGCUUCCCCUGGAGUGAGAUUCGAAACAUUUCUUUCAAUGACAAGAAGUUUGUCAUCAAACCCAUUGACAAGAAAGCACCGGACUUUGUGUUUUAUGCCCCGCGGCUGCGCAUCAACAAGCGUAUCUUGGCAUUGUGUAUGGGUAACCACGAGUUGUACAUGAGGAGGAGGAAGCCCGACACUAUCGAGGUGCAGCAGAUGAAGGCUCAGGCCCGGGAGGAGAAGCACCACAAACAGAUGGAGAGGGCUCAGCUGGAGAAUGAGAAGAAGAAGCGAGAGUAUGCAGAGAAAGAGAAGGAGAGGAUAGAGCGCGAGAAAAACGAGCUCAUGGAGAGGCUGAGACAGAUUGAAGAGCAGACGAUGAGAGCUCAGAAAGAGCUUGAGGAACAGACUCGCCGGGCGCUGGAGCUGGAGCAGGAGAGAAAGCGAGCGAGGGAGGAGGCCGAGAGGCUGGAGAGAGACAGGCAAACAGCUGAGGAGGCCAAGGCCGAGCUGGCCAGGCAGGCUGUAGACCAGCAGAAGACCCAGGAACAACUGGCUGCUGAACUGGCUGAAUUCACAGCCAAGAUCGCUCUCCUGGAAGAAGCGAAGAGGAAGAAAGACGAUGAGGCCAUAGAAUGGCAGCACAAGGCUAUGUCAGCCCAGGAGGAUCUGGACAAGACCAAGGAGGAGCUGAAGACUGCAAUGACUGUGAUGCCAGCAUCUCUGGGCAGCAAUGCUGAGAGCGACCACGAUGAGCAGGAUGAGAACCACGCGGAAGAUAGCGCUGACCUCUCCAACGAGGGCGUCAACCAGGUCGACCUCUGCAGUGAAGAGGCGCGCGUCACUGAAGCCCAGAAAAACGAGAGGGUCAAGAAACAGCUGCAGACAUUAAGCUCAGAGUUGGCCGAUGCCAGAGAUGAAACCAAGAAGACGCAGAACGAUGUGCUGCACGCCGAGAACGUGAAAGCGGGCCGAGACAAAUACAAAACGCUGCGUCAGAUCCGAUCGGGCAACACGAAGCAGCGCAUCGACGAGUUUGAGUCCAUGUGAGAACAGCACCUCUGUCCCCUCGCCUCUCUUUCCCUUUAGGGGUACCUGCUCCCGAACUUGCCCCUCAGCGGCUGCUCAAUUUUCAUGGACAACAGAUGCUGCCAUCCUUGUAGUUCCACCAAGUCCCCCUCAACAACCCCUGGCAAUCUUGAGAAAUCAUCUUGUCAAACUUUGCCAAAGUCCUGCCCCACAUCUCCUCUCAGAGUUACGGAUAUCUCCCUCUUGUGGAGCUGCCUACACGCCACUCUGAACAAGCAAAUGUCAUCGUACUGCAGAGAUCAUCUGUAACCCUUGAGCACGGGAGAAAAGAGAAACCGUAUAACCAAAAUGGAAGCAAUUGGAUUUAUUUUUAUUUUGAGCAAACAUGGCCAUAGAAAGCUACUUCUGUUGUCGUUUUGCUUGACGCCGCGAAUGCAAAGGUUUAGUAUGAUUCCAUGUCUUCAGUUAAAGAUUCCUCUCCUUGUUUUUAAGUUGUUUCCCUCUGCUUUAGUUUAACUUGUUUUUAUUGAUGCUCUUCUUUUUAGUUGUCAGCUGACAACUAAAGUCUGGGAAUAAAUUGGGUCACUAUUUUCAUUCAGCGUCAAAGCGCUGCAUGUGUUACAUCAUAUUAUCAACAUAUCACAAGCUAGUCAUGCUAAUUCUCUUAGCAUCUGUGAGUCAUUAAAGAGUUAAGGAUCAAUUCAAACUGUUAUAGGUUUAUAUAAAAUAUGACACUGCAGUAUUUUAAUAGUUUAAUUUCAGGCUAAAUAUCAAGAAUAGCAGUAAGAAUUGACCCUCGUUGGGAAAAGAGCCACCCAACUUGUCCCAUGGCAGGUUUUGUUGAACGAAUGUAGCAAAGGUAACAAAGGGAAAGUGUUUUUUACAUGCAGCGGUGAUGGGAUAACAUGUAAUAAGCUUGUGCCACAAGCUUUCGCCCUCGAGCUUUAAAGUGUGGCGAAGAUAAGCUAAUUGGUAGUUGUGUAGCCUUGUGUGUGUCUUCCUGUUGCAUCCGAGUGUUUCGUUCCCAGUCACCAUAGAUGGUUUUCGCUGCCUGCCGGCUCACAAAAGAAAGCCAAUGUAUCAAACGGACAGACGGGGGAACAGAGAGAUGAGGAGGCUGUUUUUCUGUCGGUCCAGCCGUUUGAGGGUAUCUGCGCGUGUGAAAGUAUGUACGAAAGCUGAGACCUGGCUCCUCUCUGGCUGCGGAGCUUAUGAAAACAUCUGUCCUUCACCCGGGACAAAUCUCUACCUCAGUAAUGUUAGCAGCGGUGACUGACAGUCAGACACUCGGAGUGCUCCCCCUCACAUCCUUUCCAAAAAACUAAAAGUACAGUCAAGAGUUGACUUGGUUGCUGUUACAUCUUUGAGCGGUGCUCCUGGGCAGGCUACGUUACGGUCAGUUGCUUUGUGGUUGUACGUUUGGUUAAGAAACUUCAAGAGAGGAUUUUAAGGGUCUAUGUGAAACACACCUAGGUUGAAAAGUGUUGUGUCUUAAGCUAGUUUUACACAGUGGUCUCUCCUUGCUCCCGAUUUUGCUCGGGGAGGGGGGAGGAAAAAAUCCCAAACAAUGAGGAAGAUGAAAUAAGUGAUGCUGCGUAUAUCAGACUUGAGAUCGACUGUGGUAAACGCAGAAGGAGCGACGUCAUUUUGUCGUUACCUGACGGGGUCCUGUGAAGCAUUUGGUUCUAAGUUUUUUUUUUGUGGUGACCGACUCAAGACCUUGUUUAAAAGAAGGUUCUCGUGUAUAAUAGUUAAUUGCCUUCAAUGUCUGUGCAGAACUUUGUCUCUGUUUCAAUUUCAUUUUAAGGAGACAGUUUGCAUAGAGUUCAUGGGACUGAGAGACUUGUGAAUACGUAAAGAGAUGCAUUAUUAUUAUUAAUAUUAUUAGUUCUUAAUGUGAAGGGACCCUGCUUAUUGUGCAAAUCUCCGGAAUCAAAUGGAGUCGGCCAAUUUCUUCCCCUAAAAUCUUAUCAUAAUUUCUCAUUCUGACAACAUUUUUUGUGCUCGGAUAACAAACUGAACUCCAUCUUUUGUGGGGUGGGAAAUAUGUUCCAGGGUGCAUUUUUGAAAUGAGUGAACAUUAAGUUUCUUUUUUUUUUUUAUUAUUAUUAUUAUUAUUAACAUGAUGAUGAAAAUGUUUAUGGUAUUAUUUGUUACGCUAUAUUUGACAGCUGGUGUAGGUUGAUAUUUUUUUAAUAGUCAGAGUUUUAAAGUUAAAGCACUUGUAUGAAACAAGACACUGAAGCCUGCCUUUUGUGUUCACUUCAGUGUCCAUUGUUAGUGUUGUGUUUGCCAUAGCAAAAAUUAUCCUGUGCUUCCAAGCUCAUAUUUUUGUAUUGUGUUCAAAGACCCUAAACCAGCAGCACACGUCGCUAAACUGGACCGUUUCAUUGGAGGGGAAAACUCAUGUUGACACCCCCCCCCUACAAACUGUAAGUCUUCAGUUACUCGUUUUUCUUCACAGCACAAUGUUAUUGGCCUGCCUGUUCCCUCCAAUGAAGCCAGUGUAUGUGAUGAUGCCUGCUCUGGCACCAGCUGUCAAGUUUUGCUGUUUGUUUUUUCCUUAUGUUCAUGUUAGUAUUCUUUAAGAUUGAAGGCAAUGAUGGAUUGCAGUCCAUUUCAUUGGUUCACAAAUAAAAGUUUUAAAUUUUCA